AUGCCGCACCAGUCCCACCUUGGUGAAGAUGGUCUGCCUGUGGUGCAGGCGGGUACCCAGACGGCCGGCGGGGAGCAGAGGGGAAGUGCUGCGGGUGGGCCUCAGAAGGAGCGGAUGCCUGUCCAGAGGCGUGGUUCUCAGAAGGUUCAGGAACCGCCAGUCAGGGCGACGAGGGCCGCCGCUGGGGGCCAGAGGGCGCUAGAGAAAAAGCGCCGGACGGUUGAGUCUCCUGAUGAGGAAGAGGGAGAGGAGGUGGAGGUGGUUGGUGCCCGCCAACAGAAGAAGGCCCGGCCAGCUCCUGCAAAAACGGUGGCGGUGGAGGGUGAGGCGCCCGCCGUCAGCGAUCUGGACUCCUUCGCCGAUAUUGAAUUAUCAGUUAUUCAUGUGGCAAGUCUUGGCUGCAUUUUCUAUGUGUUUGUAAGCCUUUUCAACCUAAUUUGCUACCUUCUGUCCAGUCACGGUCUGUUCAAUUAUAGGCCGGCAGAUAAUCAUGAGCUAAAACAGAAGGCGGCGGCGUUGUUUGUGUUUGGGGACUCACUCUUUGAUAUUGGCAAUAAUCAAUACCUUAAUACUAGCGCACGAGAAUUAUCGGCAACAUACUGGCCAUAUGGAGAAAACUUCUUCCAUCAUCCCACCGGGAGAUUUUCCGACGGUCGUUUAGUCCCUGAUUUCAUCCGACAGUUUGCAAAGUUGCCCAUCAUUCCACCGUACCUGCAACCUGGUCCCCAUAAUUUUACUGACGGAACCAACUUUGCUUCAGCCGACGCCGGUAUUCUUCCUGAAACCAAUCCAGGAACAGUAAGUCUUCCAUUGCAGCUAAGCUAUUUUAAGGCCGUGAAGAAGUUGCUGCAACAACAACUUUGUGAUGAAGAGGCCAAGAGUUUGCUGGGGAGCGCUGUUUACUUGAUCAGCAUUGGUGGCAAUGAUUAUUUUAGCUUCUACGCCAAUUACCCCUACGCCAAUGAGUCCAUCCAGCAAGAAUUUGUAGCUAUUGUGAUCAGCAAGUUGACCAUUGUGCUCCAAGAAAUAUAUGAUUUAGGAGGAAGGAAAGUUGCAUUUCAAAAUGCGGGACCUAUUGGUUGUCUACCUUCGGUAAAACAGGCAUACAACACUGAACUUAGUGAUGGGUGUGUUGAAGAACUCGAGAGUUUGAUAAGGCUACACAAUACAGCUCUGGCAAAUGUCCUCAAAGAGUUGGAGAGCCAGAAGCCAGGGUUCAAAUACUCAGUUUUUGAGUACUAUGAUGCGAUUGGAGAUCGAAUGCAUAACCCAGCAAAAUAUGGCUUUACUGACGGCUCAGAUGCGUGUUGUGGUAUUGGAGCAUACUGGGGAUCUGGUUGCGGUAAUGAAACAAAAGGGUAUGAGUUAUGUAGUGACCCUGGGAAUUAUGUGUGGUUCGAUGGUAGCCACACCACUGAAAAAGUCAACCUACAAUUAGCAAAGCUGAUAUGGAGUGGAACACCAGAUGUAACUGGGCCUUACAAUGUUAAACAACUUUUUGGACAUGUUUGAUCGAUGUCUUGUGUAGUAUUCUUACAGAUUCAUGCUUGAGAUUUGGAAGUUCAUUUAAAAAAAAUAAAAUAAAAAAAUAAAAGAAAAUUGAAGAAAUGCGCUUCAAUGC